AUGCUGACCCCUGCACUUGGUUUUCUAGCUUUAUCUUGUGCCGUUGAGAUGGCUCUUCUGCUUGGGUUUCUCUGUUCCGCCGUUAAAUUUUUACUCUUUGCCGGACCGUGUACUCAAAUGAAAGCCAAAGAAUCGGUGCUAAGUCCGGUGGAGACAGCAGUCCAGGAACUGUCCAAGGCUACAAACGAGUGCAAAGUGGAGCUCCUAAGGCACUAUCUGCUGAACUACAUUCUUUAUUUGGAGUUGCCAAGUGACGAAGCAGAAGACUCUCCAAUCAAAGAAAAGCUGCUGAAGAUUUCCGUGCUACUCGACAAAGUUAAUUCCAUGGAGAAGAAUGCCGAGAAGGUGAGCGGGGACAGGACUGUUGAUGAGAAAAUGAUGAAAAACAAGCCAAAAGCUUGCCAUUUGAAGUCAAAAAAUCCACGAAAAAAGUUCAAGAUCAACUCUGAGAAGCUGAAAGAGAGAACAAAGGCAAAGGACGAUUACAACAUUGACACAAGAAAUGGCAGAUCGAGCAAGUUUGGCUGA